GUAGAAGAGUCUCCGAAUGAAGUAUAACAGGUAGAAAUUGCAGUCGCGUCGCAGUGGUUGGGCUGGGAGAGGAGAGCAGCUGCCUCCAUCCUCCAUCGUCUUCUCUACCGAGUCUGCUGUCGAGUAGUGAAAUGGCUUUUCUUUUCCACAAGUUUCAGGAGUUUGUGAAGACUCUUGCCAAAAAUUCCAUGCUUUCUAAGAAUCCAAGGCAACUACAAUUUGAGGCAGAUAUUAAUCGUCUCUUCCUAUAUACCAGCUACAAUCGCUUGGGAAGGAAUGCUGAUGAGGCAGAUGUGGAUGAGAUCAUUGACAUGGCUAGUAAAGCCCCCGUUGCUGAUCAACAGAAGCAAGUCCAAGAAAACAUUCAUCUCCAAAUUAAAAGCUUCUGCAUGUCUAUGGAUGAACUUCUUCUCCCUGAUGUUAAGAAGAUAAAUGAGGGAAUUGAAUCAUCUGAACAAUCAAAUCCUGCUCCUCGACGAAGUGGUCUCAGUUUUGCUAUUGGCAGGAAUACUCCAUCAGUUAAACAUCAUGAUGUGCCCGAGACAAGGCCAUUAGAGCGUGCUGAUGUCUCUCAAAGAUUAAAAGAUCUCAUUGGCUACACGCUUGAUAUCAAACCUUCUCAAAUACCUCACAAGGAAGCAGGCCAAGGUUUAUUUCUAAAUGGCGAAUGUGAUGUCGGUGCUGUGGUGGCCGUGUACCCUGGUGUAAUAUAUUCCCCUGCUUAUUACCGCUACAUUCCUGGGUACCCAAGGGUUAAUGCACAAAACUCAUAUCUGAUCACAAGGUAUGAUGGGACUGUGAUAAAUGCACAACCUUGGGGUUCUGGGGGUGAAACCCGUGAUUUUUGGGAUGGUUUAACUGUACCAGAAAUCAGGCCUAAUAUGCAGGGAGGUGAGAAAGGUCCAGACCGGUUCUGGAAACUCCUUAGUAAGCCUUUGGAUCAAAGGCAACUGGGAAAUAGGGGCAACAUUCUAGAGGGGAGGAACCCAUUAGCUUUGGCUCAUUUUGCCAACCACCCUGCAAAGGAUAUGGCCCCAAAUGUUAUGAUUUGCCCUUAUGACUUCCCAUUGACCGAAAAUGAAAUGAGAGUCUAUAUUCCAAAUGUGGUAUUUGGAGAUGCGGAAGAAGUGAAGAUGAAGAGAUUUGGCAGCUUUUGGUUCAAACUUGGGGGUUCAAGAAAUGGCGGAUCAGAUAUUCCUGUUUUGAAGACUCUUGUUCUGGUGGCUACAAGGGCACUUUGUGAUGAAGAAGUGCUUCUGAACUAUAGGUUGAGCAACUCUAAGCAUCGGCCAGAGUGGUAUACUCCUGUUGACGAGGAGGAAGAUCGAAGGAGGUGGAGCUAAGUUUUGUUAAAGUUGGCAUCUUGUGUUUUAUGUGUUACGUCCAUGCAGGAUGGUUCCCGCUUCUAUUCUAAACAUGAGCGUACUACUUUUGGUUUUUGCUUGGAUUCUCUGUUUUGAGUUUUGAAGACUCGAAAGGCUGAAAGUUAUCAAGAUUUGCAUUACCUGAUGAAUAUGGUUAUCUUUAUUUAGUGAAAUCAUGAUGCAUACACUUGUCUGUGUGAAAUUUAGGCUUUGGCUCCGUCAAUUUCACCACAUUGUUGGUUUACAAUGGUCUUUCCCAUUCGUUUCUGUUUCAUUGAAUUGAGACUUGUUUUCUUAGAGAAGAAAGAAAGAAAAAGAAACAAGGUGAGUAGCUUCAAGAGCUUUUAGAAUUAGAACUUGGUGUUUGAAUCCAACAA